GCCUGGGCUGGUCGCUGGCCUUCACGCCGGCGCUGGGCGCCGUUUCCCGCUGGUUCCCCCGGCGCCGCGCCUUGGCCACCGGCCUCACCGUCUCCGGCGCCGCCGUCUCGGGGCUGGCGCUGGCCCCGCUGGUCCCGCUGGCCCUGGACACCUACGGCUGGCGCGGCGCCCUGCUCCUGCUGGCCGCCGUCUCCCUGCACCUCGUGGCCGCCGCCGCCCUCCUCCGCCCGCCCCGCGCCCCUCCGGAGCCCCCCGAGCCCCCCGGCGGCCUCGCGGCGCUGCUGCGGCUCCUGCGGCCCGGCCCCUUCCUGCGCCACUUGGCCUUGCCCUUGGGGAGGAGUUUCGGGGCGCUGGCGGCGCUGGCGGCGGCCUACGGGGGCUGCGCCGGGGCCGUGGCGCCGCUGCAGUUCGCCGGCGUGGCCGAGGUGGUCGGGGCCGGCCGGGCGGCGUUGGCCAUCGGGGUGAUGCAGAUGUUCGAGAGCGUGGGGUCCCUGCUGGGGGCGCCCCUGGCGGAACCGCCCGUGUGA